AUGAACUUGAGGUAUAGCAGCCCUGAUGUCCACCGGGCAUUCAUUGCCCUAGGGAGCAAUGUUGGAGACCGAGUGGAAAUGAUCGAACAAGCAUGUGUGGAAAUGGAUCGAAUGGGCAUCAAGGUGAAAAGAACAAGCUCGCUGUUCGAGACCACCCCGAUGUAUGUGUUGGAUCAGGAUACGUUCAUCAACGGUGUAUGCGAGGUGGAAACCACUCUUGCGCCUCUGGAGCUUCUAGAUGCUGUGCAAUCCAUUGAAAUUGCACUGGGAAGAAAGAAGCUCAUCGACAAAGGACCCCGCUCUAUUGAUCUCGACAUUCUACUAUAUGAUCAAGAAGUAUUCUCCCAUGAGCGUCUGAAUAUCCCGCACAAUCUGAUGCUGGAACGGGACUUUGUACUGCGUCCUCUCAGCCAACUGAUUCCCAACGAAUUCCCGCCCCUACCAGGAAAGGAAGCAAAGUCAUAUAGCGCCCAUCUGGCGGCGCUGCCACCCCCUGAGCCAACACCAAUGUCAACCACCCCGAUCUCACCAUCAUUCACUUCGCUGCACUCAACAGACCCCAAGCGUCCUACGCAUAUAAUGGCAAUCCUCAACCUAACACCAGACUCCUUCUCUGACGGCGGCAAGCACUCCCCGACAGACCUCAAUUACCUAACCGAAACAGUCCGCCAAUUCAUUGCAUCCGGCGCCACGAUCAUUGACGUCGGCGGCGAGAGUACCCGCCCAGGCUCCACCCCCGUAGGAGCAGCGGAGGAAAUCGCCCGCGUAGUUCCCGCAAUCAAGCACAUCCGCAGCAUGCCCGAGGCCGCCAACAUCGCCAUCAGUAUCGACACCUACCGCGCCACCGUGGCAGAGGCCGCUUGCGCCGCAGGUGCAGAUAUCGUCAAUGACGUCUCGGCCGGCCUCCUCGACCCGGAGAUGCUGCCCACCGUCGCCCGCAUCGGCAAAUCCGUUAUCCUGAUGCACAUGCGCGGCACGCCACAGACCAUGACCACUCUCCACUCGUACCCGAGCGGUGUGAUUACGGAAGUGGCGAGUGAGUUGAGGUCGCGCAUUGCAGCGGCCGAAGAUGCUGGGAUCAGACGGUGGCGGAUAAUUCUCGACCCGGGACUUGGCUUUGCGAAGAUCCAGGAGCAGGAUCUGGAGAUCUUGCGUGACUUGGCUCGUCUGCGGAAUAUGGCUGGACUUGAAUGCUUCCCGUGGUUGAUGGGGCCGAGUCGGAAACGGUUCAUUGGGAACAUCACUGGUGUGAAGACGCCUGCGGAGCGGGUGUGGGGAACUGGCGCGACGGUUUCUGCUAGUGUUAGUGGCGGCGCGGAUAUUGUGCGUGUCCACGAUGUUCGUGAGAUGUCACAUGUGGCUAAGGUUGCGGAUGCGAUUUAUCGCGUGUGA